AUGUCACGGUCCACUCCUAAGGCACCAUGGCGCUCCCGCUUCGAAGAACAUAUUCCAGUUACAGGCAAUCCAUUGUUAUCCCUUGCGACUGUGUCUCGGCAUUCACAUGGCAACGCUUUCCCGCGUGUCAGGACCUGCGUUCUCCGUGGCUUCUUCGCAGGCUUGGACCUACAUCCGGAUGCAAGGCGGGAUAUGAAAUCAGCUUCAGGUCUGGCUGGAGGACCUGGGCUUGAAGAAUCAGGGAAAGACGAUGAUGAUGCAUCCUAUCUUAAUCCUAGGAAGUAUGAGAGCGACCUGUUGACAAUUACUACUGAUGUUCGAUCGGAGAAGGUCGGCCAUAUCAUGACGGACGUCGAUGGUGAGUGGAGGCUAAAGGGGAAAGCGUAUAUUAUUGGUGGUGAUAGCUCGGAUCGUAUGGAAUUGAAAGCUCGAGAGGAGAUUGAAAAGUCGAUGCGAUUACGCGGGGAGGGAGAUACCAGUACAUCUGGAACGGGAUCAGAUAGGCCAUGGAGCUGGGAGACAGAAAUCACUACCCAUUUUGCCAAUCUGUCUCCUGGAACCUUUAUGCAGGAUCUUCCUGGCGCGCCCAAGUCUGGCCCAGCAUCUACUCCACAAGAAGCCCCAGGCGGUGGAAAGGCAGUGAGUGACUUACAUGAGCCUAUGGCAAGGAAGAACUUCAGGGUCGUGGUUAUUAAACCUGAAGAAGUGGAAUACAUCCAUGACGAGGGUACGGGAAACAGCAAGAACGAGAGGUUUAGAUGGGAGUUGGUAUCUUCCGACAGCUCUACCGGGGGAGAUGGACAGUGGCACUGGAAGGAGGAAGAGUUAUGGCCAUAA